CACAGGGGAUGGAUCUGUUCAUCCCUUGAUUUCCCAAGGGAUCCUCUCUGAGACACACAGAGCUUGGAAGUCCCUUUAACAGUGGACGCUUGACCAUGUUCCUUCUGAUGUUUCUCAAACACGUGUUGACCUGCAGCCUGAAAAUGACCCCGCUGCAGUGCUUGAAGGGGUCCUGUAGCAUGGAGAGUGUUAAUCCAGCCCAGGGCACAACAAACAGCCCAGGCUAUGGAGAGGGUGCUCCACUCAGCACUCCAGGGAUGGCCUCACCAGUGCUGGGCAGAGGGAAGGAUCCCUCUAUCCUCUGUAAGGCAGCCCAGGACACUAUUCACCUCUUUUGCUGCAAGGGCAGAUUGCUGGCUUAUGUUCAAUGUGGUGUCCACCAGGACCUCUGAGUCUUUUUCUGUCAAGCUUUAGCUUUCCAGAUGUGUGGCUCCAGUGCAGACUUCAGGAAUACUUAAAAAUCUGAGAAGCCACAAAGCCAAUAAACAUAUUAAUAUUGUUUGAAGUACAGUUAUUUUAAGCCAGUUUUGUGAUGAAAAGAAGCAUAUAUGUUGACCAGGCUGUCCUUUAUAAAAGUGCUGAUGGGACUGUACAGCAUAUGUAUGCUGGGAGCUACUUUUCUCCAUGCUCCUCUAUGGCCUGUUGCACCAUGUAUCCCUCCUCUUUCCAAACAGCAGAUCAUUCCCUGGCUUUGCUGUGGUUUUGUGAGACUGCAGCAGAGUUGGAGGCUUGUGUGUAAAAUGCUUGCUUUCCAAGCCGCUGGUGCAGGGUGCUGGUGUUGGGUGUUGGCCAACAUCAUAGACUGCUGUAGAGAGAUGAGUUUGGGUAUCAUCCAGCUUGAGCACUGGAUCUGGUUAUUUCUCUUCUUUUUCUAGGCAUUUCCAGUCCCAAGUUCUGCUUAAAUAAAUACAUAAAAAAGCAUCAACAGCUCACACGAAACAAGGAGUUGUCCCUGAAACAUUUAACCCCAGUGAUGAAUCAAGGAUAAAUAUCUGGUUUAAGUGCCUAAGAAAGCAAAUAGGUUGCUGGUGGGAAUUAGGAAGCACCAAUACAGGUUGGCUGCCAAAUUCAUUUUUGGCUUUUAAUUGGAGUCUGGUGUCCAGCUGGGUGAGUUCCUUCGGUUCUUUUCAACAUCCUGGUGUAGGCACCAUUGUUACGGGGUGAUUCUUGCUGUCUUACUGUGUGCGUUCCUCUGAGCUGCUGUCAUCUUCUGCCUUUGAAAUGGUGGUUUGUCGUAUAAUUUUAUGAAUGUUAUUGUGUGGCUUUAAUUGAAAGACAAAAGAAACUAAACAACUUAGAUCAGGGGCUUUUAGUUAGCAUCUGUCCCACUCUUCAUCUUUCCCUAAUUCAUCUUGUUGAGUUUCAGCAGUGCUAAUAGAGCAGCCCUGAUGUUGCAUGCUUGGACAUGGACAGAACAACUAAAAGGAGGAGCAGAGUAAGGUUUUCUUGUGGGAAAGAAAGAAAGGAUUCUGGUGUGCAGUGGAGGAGCAGCAGGGCCUGAUGGGCCUUGGCUCAAGGGAUGGGGAUAAACUAGUAAAAUUGGAAGAUCAGCAGUGCUGUGCUUCGGGGUAUUAGCUGUAAAUGGGUUAUUAAAUCUGUCGCUUCCCACAUUCUUCAGUCUCUGUAUGGUGUUACUGGAAUUGCUGCCUGCUGGGCCACAACAGAGGCCAGCUGCUGCCCCAGGGACAGGGAACUGAGCAAGGCAGAUGGCAAGGUCACUGUGGCAAGGUCCAGCUAGAGCUCAGGUCACCAGGCAAGGUCUGAGAUCAAACCAGGAUGCCAGCCAGCAGGUUAGGUCCAGGCAGCAGCUGGAGACCAGCACUGCUGCAGUACAGCGUAGACAGGUUAUGGUGGGGCUGAUGGGGUGGGUCAUGGGUGGGGGGUCCAGGAGAGGUUGGUCAGGGCCAGUAAAGCCUAGUAGUACCCUCAGGACCAUGCCUACUUCUUGAAAUUCAUGGCUAAAUGGGUUGAACAUCACCAGUCCUGUGAGAAACUCAGCUGCAUCCAAUGGACUUCAUGUUCCCUCCACCCCCUGAUUAAUUCCUGCCACUUGUGAAAUUCUUCUCCUACAGCCAGUUAGAAGACCAAGGGUGACUGCCCAGCAGGAGAACUGGAAGGGGAACUGGAGGAGCCUGUGUCUGCUCCAGGGUAGGACUUGCUAACUCUCUGUCACAGCCUACAUCAGUGGGAGCCAGGAGCAUCCAUAGCUUGUGGUGGACCUGCUGUGCUCAGAGCAUCCUAUGGUGGUGCCAGUGUCUCGCUCUGUGCCCUGGCAAGGUGAUGGACAGCAGAGCAGAGAUGGAGAUUGUGAGAAGCACGAAGGGGAAUACUGCUGGGGAGGUCAGUGUCCAUGUGGUCACCACCGAGAGCACUGUGCAGAGCACCCACCUGCCAACGACUGCCUUCAUCAUACCAGCAAAUGCCACUGCCAUCAGCCUUCCCACGAGCACCUUAGAAAUCCAGCGAUUCCCCCGGGAACCACAGAGAAGCACAGGGGCCGAGAGGCCAGAGAGGGGAGCAGGGAGCGAGCCCAUCACAGCUACUGUCAUUCCCCAGAUCAGCGGGGUGCAGACCUGCAGCACAGUCCGUGUGCUGGAGUGGAAAGAUGGGGUGGCUACUUUGCCUGGGAGUAACCUGCGGUUCCGAAUUAAUGAGUACGGGACACUGAAGGUGGUGAGUGCUGAUAAGAUGCCUCCAGUGGAAGCUGUAAAGGAGGGUCACACAGAGAAAGAUGGGGACUCAGAGGUGGCACCCACCGGCAGGGACAAUCCUACUGUGGCUCAGGAUGCGCCAGAGCAGAUCAAGCUUCCAACAGCAGAAAGCAUGUGCCACUGUGAUACCUGUGGCCGCAGGCACGUGUCAGAUGGAGCCCGGGAAGGCAGAGGCUUCUGCAGCGAGCACUGUCACCAGCAGUUUAAAGAGAGGUCUGUCAUUGUGGAAAACUCUGCCAGCAGCACCAAUGCCACUGAAAUCCUCAAGCCAGUGAAGAAACGAAAGAGGAAGGAUUACCAGAGCCCUUCGGAGGAAGAAUACGAAUCAGAGCAAAUGGAAGAAAAGCAGGAAGAGAGGAAAAACUCUACUGAGGACUCUGCCAUCAGCAACCCAGAGGCUGACACUUGGAACGGGAGCCAGCACGGUGCCAGUGAGGAGAAGAAAGAAGGCUGGUCUUGGGCGUCCUACUUGGAGGAGCAGAAAGCUGUCGCUGCCCCUUUAAAUCUCUUCCAGGAUUACCAAAUAGCUUCCCAGCACAAGAAUGGCUUUAAAGUGGGGAUGAAGCUGGAAGGGAUUGACCCGCAGCACCCAUCUAUGUACUUCAUCCUGACAGUGGCUGAGGUGUGCGGUUUCCGAAUGCGCCUCCACUUCGAUGGCUACUCGGAGUGCCAUGAUUUCUGGCUGAACGCUGACUCCCCCGAUAUCCACCCUGCUGGCUGGUUUGAGGAGACUGGGCACAAACUCCAGCCCCCAAAAGGGGUUGUAGGUUAUAAGGAAGAAGAAUUCAGCUGGACAAACUACCUGAAGAUAACAAAGGCUCAGGCAGCUCCUAAGCACCUCUUCAUGGUCCGAAAUGCUCACGAGGCUUCCCCAGGCUUCGAGGUGGGCAUGAAGCUGGAAGCUGUUGACCGCAUGAAUCCUUCCCUCAUCUGUGUUGCCACAGUGACUGACGUGGUGGACAAUCGCUUUUUGGUGCACUUUGACAACUGGGAUGAUACUUACGACUACUGGUGUGACCCCAGCAGUCCGUACAUCCACCCAGUUGGAUGGUGUCAGGAGCACGGCAAACCCCUCACACCUCCUCAAGAUUAUCCUGACCCUGACAAUUUCACCUGGGAAAAGUACCUAAAGGAAACUGGAGCAUCUGCUGUCCCAGCUUGGGCCUUUAAAGUGCGUCCACCCCACGGCUUCCUGGUCAACAUGAAGCUGGAGGCAGUGGACAGGAGGACGCCAUCCUUCAUCCGAGUGGCCAGUGUGGAGGACGUGGAAGAUCACAGGAUAAAGAUCCAUUUUGAUGGCUGGAGUCAUGUCUAUGAUUUCUGGAUUGAUGCAGAUCAUCCGGACAUCCACCCCAUAGGCUGGUGCUCAAAAACCGGACACCCACUGCAGCCUCCUCUCAGGCCAAAGGAACCAGCCUCGUCUGCCCAUGGGGGCUGCCCAACGCUGGGCUGCAAGAGCAUCCCUCACACCAAGAGCUCCAAGUACAGCUUUCACCACAGGAAGUGCCCCACGCCGGGAUGUGAUGGGUCAGGACACGUGACUGGGAGAUUCACAGCCCAUUACUGCCUCUCAGGGUGCCCGCUGGCAGAGAAGAACCAGGGCAGGCUGAAAGCAGACUUGUCCGACAGCGAGGCCUCGGCUCGCAAGAGGAACCUCAUUGGCUUCUCCCAGCGAAAGAAGUCUCGGCACCAUGGGAGAGGGCGACCUCCAAAGUACCGGAAGAUCCAGCAGGAAGACUUCCAGACUAUUUCUUCAGACAAUAUGCACCAGUCACUCUUCAUGUCUGCACUGUCUGCACACCCCGACCGCUCCCUCUCGCUCUGCUGGGAGCAGCACUGCAAACUCCUGCCUGGGGUGGCCGGCAUCACAGCAGCCACAGUGGCCAAGUGGACCAUCGAUGAGGUCUUUAGCUUUGUUCAGACUCUGACUGGUUGUGAGGACCAAGCCAAGCUCUUCAAGGAUGAGAUGAUCGAUGGCGAGGCCUUCCUCCUGCUGACGCAGGCUGACAUCGUCAAGAUUAUGAGUGUCAAGCUGGGCCCUGCACUCAAGAUCUACAAUGCCAUCCUCAUGUUCAAGAAUGCUGAUGACACCUUAAAGUGACUUUUCUUCACCCAGCUGGGACCUUCUCUUAGCACUGGUGCUGCCAAACUGGUCAGGACAGAGAUUCCCCCUGACCGACCACGUCUUGUCAUGUCCUGCUCAUGUCCUUUUGGGUGCUGCAUCUCUGCUCUCCCACCAGUCCAUCUCCCAUCCUUUCCUCUCCACUCCACACUGUCCUUCUCCUCCAGCACUGGGCAAAGGCUGGCCCCAAGCCUUGGGGAGGCUGUAGGGCAGAGGGUUGAUGUGGGACUGGCCUCUCUUAGUGUGACAGCAGCACCCAGUGUCUCGCUGUGACCGCAUUGAUGCAGGGCAGUGGUGAGGCACAGGGGAGCAGUGUGGAGGGUGUAGCAGCUGGGGGCUGACACGACCAGUCAAAUCACCCAGGUAAGGGAAGGACUGACUGCCUCCAUACAUCCUUGCACCCGUUUAAAGGCCGGUCUUGGCUUUGCUCAGCAGCUGAGAGAGGUUUUCAUUUUUUACCCCAGUGUGUUCCUCUGGGGGCCUCAUGCUGACAUCAUUUCCAAGGGACACUCUUGAGGAGCUUCUGCUCACUUUGCCUUUGUCUCUGAAUUCUUUUGACUUUCCCAUUCUAAGGCCAGAUGAUGACUUUGCUUUGCUCCUUCACUGCGCUGGGAACCAGUGGCCCAACUCUUGCCCCUUCCAAGGAGCACCGUGUCCUGGCUGCUGCUCUGCCUACAA